AUGCAGUUCGCCCUGCCUCCGCGGAGGACUCCGAUAACCCCUCCGUACGCUCGCUCGUCGCGAAUCUCACUCCAGCGCAGGAAACAGCUCAAAGCAGUCGCCAUCCUGGGCUUUUCCCUGCUCACCGUCUUCUUCCUUCUCUCUCAGUUCUUCUACACAAGUACAGGGGCUCCCGCUGUACCAGCAGGGACAUCCAGCAUCGUCGUCGUCACCGUUCUAGACCGGACGGCUUGGAGUAACGAGUACAUUCAGAAGAUCGUCAAGAACAGAGAGGACUAUGCUAAGCGACAUGGCUAUACGAACUUCUUCGCCAACGUGUCCGACUAUGAAACUGUCCUCGAUAACGCCCCGAAGUCCUGGGCCGUCCUCCCAGCCCUCCGUCACGCGAUGGCCUCAAACCCCUACUCGAAGUACUUCUUCCACCUAGACGCUCAUGCCCUAAUAAUGAACCCGAGCAAAUCACUUGAAUCGCACGUCCUCGACAACGACCGUCUCGAAUCCCUCAUGCUCAAGGACGUCUCCGUCGUACCUCCCGAUAGCAUCAUCAAGACAUUCUCGCAUCUACAGCCCCAAGAUGUCGAUCUCAUUAUGACCACCGAUGCGGAGGAUUUGAGCUCCGGUAGCUUCCUCCUUCGACAGGGCGACUUUGCCAAAUACUUCCUCGACUUCUGGUUCGACCCUCUGUACAUUAGCUAUAACUUUGCGAAGGCCGAGACCCACGUUCUGGAUCACAUUGUGCAAUGGCACCCGACCAUCUUGGCUAGACUGGCUCUGGUUCCACAGCGGACCAUCAAUUCCUACAGCAAGGAUUCAAACGGAGCUUCCGUGGACGGUGUCUAUAAGGAUGGUGACUUCGUCAUUCGAUUCCUUGGCUGUGACACCGACACGAAGCGGAGUUGCGAGAAGGAAAUGGAGCCGUAUUAUCGGCUUUGGGCAGGGAAGAUGAAGAACGAGUAA